CAAUUUUUCCCUUUUUUUUUUUUAUUUUUGAUUUUAUUAUUCAUGUUUUUUUAUCCAUCAUUAUGAGUUACAAUACAACACAAGUCAUUUCUAAUAAUCCAGAAGCGUUACUAGCGUUCACGACAUUGACAACGGAUAACUUGAUUCAUUGCAGCAACCAACCAAAUGCACGACGAUUACCACCAUUAAAUGAAUUUAUCCAAGAUUUCUACAAACAAAAAAAGAUCCCCUGUGCCGUCAAACUUUUCACAUUGAUCUACUUGAAGCGAUUAAAGAGCAAAUUACCCGAUCAUGCACGGGGAGGACCUGACACACCUUAUCGAUUAUUUCUAGCAGCUUUAUUAACCAGCUCUAAAUACUUGUCUGAAGCCGGCACAGGAUUAACCAGCACACAUGUUUCCUACCUGACUCAUCAAUUAUAUACACCCAAAGAUAUUAACCGUAUGGAACGUAGUUUCUUGGGCCUACUUCGAUACGAUUUAUGGGUCUCAUCAGAUCAUAUCCAUGCCUUUAUUAAAGCGUAUGGUCCUUAUAUCGACAUUGAUAUCAACUCAGUAAAUAUACCAGAACACAUGGCCAGAUGUUUAUUAGCCAAUUCUCCCACCAACAUGACUGUGAUUUCCCACCCUGCUUAAAACACCCAAUCUUUUUUUUUCUCUUUCCUUUGUACAUAAUAAUAAAGUAAAUAACAAUGAGGAAUUAUACCCCCCUCCUUUUUUAUUCAAUUUAUUUAUUUAAACAAAG